UUGUCGCUUGACUUCAUACUUUCCCUCUCCAAUUUUAAACCAUCUCUCUUUGUCACUCUCUGAACUAAAAGCGAAAGCGAAGGCAAAGGCAAGAGAACGAAGAAAUCGAAAACAUAAAAUUACGAGGACAAAGAAAAGCAAACAGAUCACAAGAUGAUGAGAUUAUUCGGAAGAGGAAGAGAUUCCGAAAACUCACCGCAGUCUAUUUUCUCGCCGUCACCUUCACAGUCUCCGUCCAUUUCGUCUCCAGUUACCGGUCCGGCAAGGCCGAUCCGACUUGUGUACUGCGAUGAGAAGGGAAAGUUCCGGAUGGAUCCUGAGGCAGUCGCAGCGCUCCAGCUCGUCAAGGAGCCAAUCGGUGUAGUUUCUGUCUGCGGUCGCGCUCGCCAGGGCAAGAGUUUUAUCUUGAAUCAGCUUCUUGGGAGGAGUAGUGGAUUUCAAGUAGCAUCAACACACCGCCCAUGUACGAAAGGCCUAUGGUUAUGGAGUGCACCUUUGAAGAGGACUGCUCUUGAUGGAACUGAGUACAAUCUUUUACUAUUAGAUAGUGAAGGAAUUGAUGCUUAUGAUCAAACGGGGACAUAUAGUACUCAAAUAUUUUCCUUAGCUGUCCUUUUAUCCAGCAUGUUCAUUUACAACCAGAUGGGUGGAAUUGAUGAAGCUGCCCUUGAUCGUCUUUCUCUUGUCACUCAAAUGACAAAACAUAUACGUGUCAGAGCCUCUGGAGGAAGAACGUCAGCUUCUGAACUUGGGCAGUUCUCCCCAAUUUUUGUUUGGCUUCUAAGGGACUUCUAUUUAGAUUUGGUGGAGGACAAUAGGAAAAUAACUCCCCGUGACUACUUAGAGAUUGCUUUACGACCGGUUCAAGGGAGUGGAAAAGAUAUAGCUGCAAAAAAUGAGAUCCGGGAUUCGAUUCGAGCUCUAUUUCCAGAUAGAGAAUGUUACACUCUUGUGAGGCCAUUGAACAAUGAAAAUGACCUCCAGCGACUUGAUCAGAUAUCGUUGGACAAACUAAGACCUGAAUUUAGAGCUGGGCUUGAGGCUUUGACAAAAUUUGUUUUUGAGAGAACAAGGCCCAAGCAACUUGGGGCUACAGUAAUGACAGGUCCAGUUCUUGUGGGUAUCACUGAAUCUUACCUAGAUGCUCUGAAUAAUGGUGCAGUGCCAACAAUAUCCUCCUCAUGGCAGAGUGUUGAAGAAGCUGAGUGUCGUAAAGCAUAUGAUUCUGCUAAAGAGUUUUAUAUGUCUACUUUUGACCGUUCAAAGCCACCUGAAGAAGUUGCUUUAAGGGAAGCACAUGAAGAAGCUGUUCAAAGAUCACUGGCACUAUUUAAUGCUGGUGCUGUAGGAGUUGGUUCAGCUAAAAAGAAAUAUGAGGGCCUUCUCCAGAAAUUUUUCCGGAAGGCAUUUGAGGAUUACAAAAGGAAUGUAUUAAUGGAGGCAGAUAUUCGUUGUUCUAAUGCUGUACAGAGCAUGGAAAGGAGGCUGAGAGCAGCUUGCCAUUCUUCUGAUGCCAAUAUAGAUAAUGUUGUGAAAGUCCUUGAUGCUCUUUUAUGUGAAUAUGAAGCUUCAUGCCAUGGCCCAGCAAAAUGGCAAAAAUUGGCUAUGUUCUUACAGCAAAGUUUGGAAGGUCCAAUUCUUGACCUUGUCAAGAGGCUUACUGAUGAGAUUGGAUCAGAGAAAAGCUCUCUUGUGUUGAAAUGCCGCUCAAUUGAAGAUAAGCUGAGGUUGCUUAACAAGCAACUGGAAGAUAGUCAGAAGUACAAGUCAGAAUAUCUAAAGCGUUAUGAUGAUGCUAUCAAUGACAAGAAGAAGCUCGCUGAUGACUACACUAGCCUUAUAAGUAAUCUGAAAGGUGAAAACAUUUCAUUGAAAGAGAAGUGUUCUAGCUUGUCAAAGACACUGGAUUCUCUGCGGCUUGAGAUUUCAGACUGGAAAAGAAACUAUGAUCAAGUCUUAUCGAAGCAGAAAGCUAAGGAAGAUCAGGCCUCUUCGGAAAUUGAAGUUCUCAAGUCCAGGAGCACUGCUGCUGAAGCAAGGCUGGCUGCUGUUCGGGAACAAGCUAUGUCUUCUCAAGAAGAGGUUGAAGAGUGGAAAAGGAAAUAUGGUGUUGCUGUGAGAGAUUCUAAAGCUGCUUUAGAGAAGGCAGCUAUAGUGCUAGAGCGCACAAACAAGGAAAUGCAACAGAGGGAAGAUGUUCUUAGGGAAGAAUUCUCUAAAAGUUUGGCUGAAAAGGAGGAGGAAAUGAAGGGGAAAACAGCCAAGAUUGAGUAUGCUGAGCAGUGCUUGACAACUUUAAGAUUAGAGUUGAAGGCUGCCGAGUCAAAAAUGAGGAGUUAUGAAGUGGAAAUAUCAUCAUUGAAGCUUGAGGUCAAAGAGUUAAGUGAGAAGUUAGAAGCUGUAAAUUCCAAGGCCCUAUCAUUUGAGAGGGAAGCAAGGAUGAUGGAACAGGAGAAGAUGCAUCUGGAGGAGAAGUAUAAAUCUGAGUUUGAAAGGUUUGAAGAUGUCCAAGAAAGGUGUAAAUUUGCUGAAAAGGAAGCUAAGAAGGCUAAUGAAUUGGCUGAAAAGGAACGAGCUGAAGCAGCUGCUGCUAGAAAGGCCAAAAAUGACUUUGAAAAGUUGGCAAUGGAAAGAUUGGCUGUAAUAGAGAGGGUUCAGAGGCAGAUUGAAAGUGUGGAGAGACAGAAAACUGACUUGACUAAUGAAAUAAAUAGAAUACGUGAAUCAGAGUUGGAGGCCCUCUCCAAAGUGGCACUACUGGAGGCAAGGGUUGAAGAAAGAGAGAAGGAGAUAGAGUCACUGCUGGACUCAAACAAUGAGCAGAGAGCCAGUACAGUCAAAACACUUGAAGAUCUUCUGGAAUCUGAACGUAAAGCCCGUACUGCUUCCAAUGCUAUGGCAGAAAGGCUGUCUCUUGAAGUACAGUCUGCACAAGCUAAAAUUGAUGAACUUCAGCAAGAACUGACUAAAGCUCGACUGAAUGAAACAGCAUUGGAUAGUAAGCUCAGAGCUGUUUCACACGGCAAACGCUUAAGAGCAGAAGACUGUGAAGCGGGAGUUGGAUCUGUCCAAGAUAUGGAAACAGAUGACAAAGUUGUUAGAGCAAAUAAGAGGUCCAGGAGCACAACUAGCCCACUUAAGUACACACAGGCAGAAGAUGGCGGUUCAGUGUUCAAAGGUGACGAGGACAACCUGAGUCAACAAUUGAACCAUGAUGAUUACACCAAGUUUACAAUGCAGAAACUUAAGCAAGAACUCACCAAACAUAAUUUUGGUGCUGAGCUACUUCAGUUGAGGAAUCCCAAUAAGAGGGAGAUCCUUGCUCUUUAUGAGAAAUGUGUUCUUCAGAAGUCGUAACAAUCUUUUAUGUAUAGGAUGGUUGAAUAUAAUUUGCCAGAAAUGUAGAUCAUAGAUGAGUUAAUGUGAAUAGGAGCUCUAAAAAUCAUUUCAGUGUAACCAUGUGUUGCCGUGGUCGCUGCUCGACAGAAAAAGAACUUUUAGGGUGUGAUGUGUGUCUUAUCCAAUGGUGGUGUGUGUAUUUUACGGUGUGAGCAUUCUUGUCAAGGCCUAGCCGCCACAUAUGUUGUUCCUAUUAAAGUCGGGGGCACGGAUUAGAUGGGAAAUUGCACUUUGAAGUAUGAGAAGUUUAUCUCCUUUGGUUUUGUUAAUAAAGAACCCCCGUAGUCCCCGGAAUGAAUGAGCAGAAUAAUUGAUGUCAUGUUUAGAGUCGGAAAUAGUUGUACUCCGCAACAUAAGUAAAGUUUGAUUUGCCA